CCCAUAUCCUCAUCUCAGAUCACGGUAGUUGGUGUUCAGUCUCCUCUGCGACGGUGCUGUGUUCACUUUCCUCUUCUCACUCUCAGAUCGAAAAGUAGAUCGAGGCUGCGAGUUCUGUCGGUUCACUCCUUUUCUCCUUCUUUCCUCCGCCUGACAUAGAUCGGGCGAACAACUCCUUCGUCUUUUGUCCGUCAACUGUACCCAGAGUUUGACCACUAAAAAAGAGAGAAAGCAUAAAGUCUGCGCUUUCCAUUGAGCUUGAGUUUCAUCUUUGAGUAGCUUGUAGAUUCAACCUCCGAGGAAGCAGCAAUGCAAGGAGCCUCGUCUGGCGUUGGAUAUGGUCUGAAAUAUCAGGCUAGAUGCAUAUCAAAUGUGAAGGCAGACACAGAUCAUACUAGUUUUCUUGCGGGAACUCUCAGUCUUAAAGAAGAAAAUGAGGUACAUCUGAUUCGGCUUUCAUCAAGUGGAAAUGAAUUAUUCUGUGAAGGCCUGUUUUCACAUCCUAACGAGAUCUGGGACCUUUCAUCCUGUCCUUUUGAUCAACGGAUCUUUUCAACCGUCUACUCCUCUGGUGAAUCAUUUGGAGCAGCGGUAUGGCAGAUCCCUGAGUUGUAUGGGGAGUUAAAUUCCCCCCAGUUAGAGAAAAUUACCUCUCUUGAUACUCAUGCUGGUAAGAUCAAACGUAUUCUUUGGUGGCCAUCUGGAAGGCAUGAUAAGUUGAUUAGCAUUGAUGAGGAAAAUCUGUAUUUGUGGAGCUUAGAUGUUUCCAAGAAAAAUGCAGAGAUACAAUCACAAGAUUCAGCUGGAAUGCUGCACAAAUUGUCUGGAGGGGCAUGGGAUCCUCAUGAUGUGAAUUCUGUUGCAGCUACUUUUGAAUCAUCCGUCCAAUUUUGGGAUAUUCGAACAAUGAAGAAGACGAUUUCAAUUGAGUGUGCCCAUGUGCGAAAUAUUGAUUACAACUCCAAGAAGGAGCACAUACUUGUUACUGCGGAACACGAAUCUGGGAUACACAUUUGGGAUCUAAGAAAGCCAAAAGUCCCCACUCAAGAACUUCCAGGACAUACACAUUGGACAUGGGCUGUCGAGUGUAACCCUGAGUACGGCGAAUUGAUCUUGAGUUCUGGCACUGACUCAACUGUGAACCUGUGGUUGGCUUCAUCAAGCAAUGAUGUCUUACAAUCUGAAAGGCAAGCAGAUUCACCAACCCGUUGGGUUGAUCCAUUACUUCAUACAUACAGCGAUUAUGAAGACAGCAUUUAUGGCCUCGCAUGGAGUUCUCGUGAACCAUGGAUCUUUGCAUCAUUAUCUUAUGAUGGAAGGGUUGUUGUAGAAUCGGUUAAGCCUUUCAUCUCCAAAAUAUGAAAGUUAAAUAUCUAUGGCUUCGGUGCAACCGGCUGUCUGUUCUUUGCCUCAGAGUAACUGCUUGCGUGCCUUUCCUCCAGUUCUGAAAGGGAGUAUUUCCAGGAAGGCCAAACCCAUGCUACAAUCAUGUGGGGAUUUGUCGUGGCUGAAGCUGAACAGGUUCCCAUGCUGCUACUUUGGCCAGC